UCUUUUUUUUUUUUUUUGCUUCAUCAGUUUAUUACAGAGUAUCAACGCAAUAAUGUAAACAGAAUUCAUCUGUGACAUUGAAAACAAAAGGUUCUGUAUAAACAGAGAAAAAUAUAUCAGAUCAAAUAUAAUGAAUACACGUUAUUUCUUUCUGUGUUUACAUCUGUUCACAAAAUUAUGUAAUUUGAUAUUAGUUUUUUUUUUCAAUUUCGUUUUCAGAAACAUGAAGUACGUGGCCUGUGUCUUCAUACAGUUGCUUAUUUUUACCACAGUUAGCGCUCAGUGGAACGACUGCUUCUGCCUACAAUACAUAGACCCUGUAUGCGGAUGGAAUGGUCAAACGUACUCAAACUCGGGCUGUGCCGAAUGCGCCGGGGUUUCUGUACGAUGUCAGGGGGAGUGUCCCUGUUCCAGCGGCGGAAGUAACUGUGAUAACUGCGCCAUGAUAUAUAGUCCAGUGUGUGGUAUUGACGGGAGGACAUACGGGAACAGCUGUUUAGCCCGGUGCAGGGGAGUGUUUGUGUUCCGGCCAGGACGUUGUUACGGCAGUCCGUGGUAAAUCGCCAUUACUCUGUGAACACACUUUUGCUCUGUUCGGGUGUUUUCAAUAAAGCAUUCAGUACCGACA